AUGUGCUCCAAGACAAACUUUCCACUCCUUCGGUUUGGCUUGGGCGGUCACUCGUUCUUCACUCUGUCAGGAGCGGACUACACGCUUUGCAUCGGCGCGACUUGCCUCGUUCUAAUCCAUGAAUCUGGCCAAGACAUGUGGACGCUCGGUGACGUGUUCCUCAAGAAGUACCUGAGUUUGUACGACAUCCAGACCAAGCAGGUUUCGUUUGCGUGUCCGCUUCAGGCGCUUCAUUGCGGCAACGAGUCCGCGGCGACCGCGUCCGUCGCCCGCCCUGUCCUCGACAACAUCAGCCUCAGCCUCCUCGAACCGCACACGAUCCUCAUUUUAUUUAUCAGCGGGUUCAGCAUCCUCGGGUACGUCCUUCCGAUGCUUUGA